AUGUCGACCCUCUCGGAGCCCCGGCGACCGCGUCUGCUCCCUCAGAACCGCAAGCUGCGCCAUCUCAAAGGUCUCUCGUUGCGGAAUCUGACCUUUGCCCCGGCCACCUCGCACACCGCCGACGAUGCAGCCGUACUCGGGAGCCCCAGCAAGCUCGUCAAGCUACGCGACGCCGGACACCUGCACCCGUCUCGCUCGUCCGACAGCCUGCUCCGGGAUGGCUUGCGCGCCGAGAAGAGACGGCCGCCCGCCCAGCCUCGUAGGACGAGCUUGAGCCUUUCGCAUGCGAGUCCCUCGGUGCGCCAGAAGAAGCUGGAGAGCCUGCUCGAAGCCUCCGUCGGAGACGUCUUCUUCUCGCUCCAUGUGCCCGAGUCCACGGCGCCCAUUUACAUUAGCGAAGUGCGCAGUCGAUCGGCGAACUUCAACUUCCAGUUCUUUGACCUCUCGGCCGAGGAGUCCCCCGUGUCGAGGUCCUGCAUCGUCAGCAUCCGUGUCUGGGCAAAGCGCCCCCAGCAACCGUCGUGGGUCUUCCUCCUCCAAGAGCUGAUAGACUUGCGACGGCUCAACUUCGUCGGCACGCUGAUGGACCGCCGAUUCCCCCCCAACGCCGUCAUACUACACCUCGAAGACGGCGUCUACUCGCUCGACUUCCCUCCCAGGACGGCCGACCCCAAGCAAGCCAGGCAAGCCCCCCCCGCGGCGACAUCUUCGUACAGGGCGCUCAUGAAGCUCGCCAACCUCGACAGUCUGAUCCGAGACGCCGUCGACACCCAGCACGCCGUGACGCGGCAAAUCAACCAGAUCCUCGAGGAGUCCCCGGGCGACCCCGCCCCCUUUGCAGCCCAACAAGUCUCCCUCGCCGACAAGUUGGUGGCCACGCAGCAGCGGGCAAACAAGACGGCCCGAAAGCGACGGGACGAGCUGCUGGACUCCCUCCGCAGCAGGAGGGAGGCGAUCUCCUCGGGCAGACGGGCCCAGGCCGCCGCGCAGCAAGACAUCGCCAACAACCGCGAGAAGCUGGCCGCGUCGGCCGAGCUGCUCCGCAAGACGGGGCAGCAGAUCCGCGGCCAGAGGCGGAGGAUAUGCUCGGAGCUGUCGGACAUGUUCCCCAUCGCCACGGUCCCCGACGCGCCCCCGCUGGCCUUUCAGAUCCGCAACCUGCCACUGCCCAACUCCACGUACGACGCGGCCACGGCCAGGGCAGUCAACGAGGACGUGCUCUCCGCGGCGCUGGGCUUGGCCGCCAUGCUCACCUGGCAUCUGCAGUUCUACCUCUCCUGCCCGCUGCCGUACCCCCUGUCCCCGUGCGGCUCCAGGUCCUACGUCAGAGACGACAUCUCCCACAUGCCCCGGCGGCAGCCCCGGCGGCGCCAGUUCCCGCUCUACCUGCCGCGGGGCGGCUCCACGGUCGCCCAGUGGCGCUUCGAGUACGGCUGGUUCCUGCUGAACAAGAACAUCGAGGCGCUCUGCGCGUCCCAGGGCCUCAAGGUCGUCGACAUCCGGCACUCGCUCCCCAACCUCAAGUACCUCCUGUACGUGUGUAGCGCCGGAACAGACGAGGUCCCCGGGCGCAAGAAGGGCGGCGUCAGGGGCCUCUGGGCCGGCAGGCUAAAGAGCCGCGUGGGCGCCGUGGCAGAGGCCGGCGGCGGCGGCAGCGCCGGCGGCAGCAGGAGGGGAAGCGCAGACGGCGAGGUUGCGAGCCCCGAGCGCGGCGAUGGCUGGGGAGCCGACAGUGGCGUCGGGCUGCUGCCGUUCGGGGACGACGCGAGCUUCACGUUGCGGACCAAGGGGCUGAGAGAGAACGUCGCGUAG